AUGGGCUGUUUCUGUUUCCCUAGUCCAAAGACAGCCCUGCUCGUCACUAGGGAGCCCAUAGAGACUCAAAAUCUGUCUCUGCUAAGACAGAAGGUGACCCUGAUGGAAAACGCCAUCACAAUGCUGAAGAGCGAUCAGGACACCUUAAUGGCUCUGUUAAAAAAGAGACAGAAGAAACAGCAGAAUCAAGAGGAGCUGCUGCAGAACCACAAACAGAAGCAGGAGAAGAACUACCUGCAGCUCUCUGCGAUCACCAGAACGCUGGAGGUCAAGAUGGACCAAGAGAUCAAGGCAAUCUGGGCGGUCCUGAGGGGACUGGAAGAGUCUGUUGAGGCGAACAAGAACGGUUUGGAGAGAACAGACUCUUCUGAACAUUUGACACCCUGUUGGGAAUUCCCAUUUCCAGUACGUCCUCGUUCUUCAAGUGACUGGCAUGAGGAAUGCGUCCAGUAUCCCUGUGUUCAAUUCGCCACCCGUGGAAACAUCCAGAAUGUGACUCAGAGAGACAUCUCAGGUGUUCCUCCAUCUGGCCAGAGACUCCACAAACGGUCUCAUGUCCUACCGCCUCUGGUUGAUCCUCCCGUGCCUAUUAAACAUUGCUUUCCUGAUCUCUCCCCAACCAAACGCUCUCUGCCUUUGCCACAUACGGUUUCUAAGGGAAUCAACAUGGACCCGUGUUCAGACACAGCCUUCAGACAGCAGAAGGACUGGAUGAAGACCAAGGAAGAGGAGAGGGAGAACGAUAGAGUGGAGAUACUGAAGGCAGUGGAAAAAGAGGUGGAGAGGAAAUGGAAGAAGUUGCAGAGGAACUCACCAGGUCGUGGAUUCCUGGAACAAGAGGAGAUGGUAGACAUGAUGAAGGCAAUGGAAGCUAAGAGGGUGAAGGAAAGAGUUGAGAUCCUUCAAUUGGCGGAAAAAGAGUUUGAGAGGAAAUGGCUCGAGAUGCAAAAUGCAGGUCAAAAACCGAAGGGAGAUAAGAGUGAGGUGCAUUUUGCAGAGAAGGAACUGGAGAACAACCUGAAAGGCCAGAUGAAAAACAUCCCGAAACCUCUUGAAGAAAUAAAAAGAGAUAAAGCAGAGAAGGAUUUAACAUUGUCCGAGAUAUUUGAUGAAGAACUACAGAGAGCUAAAGAGAGGAUUAAGAUUCUAGACAAGUUGAUGAGGGAUAACAAAAUGGAGCGCAAACUCAGGUUGGAGGAAGAGAAAAAGAAAGAGAAGGAGAGGAAAGAAAAUAAAAUACAGGAGAAACUGAAAUUGGAAGAAGAGAAAAGGAAAGAAAGGGAGCAAUUUAAGGUCCUUGAGAAGGAGAUAAAGUCAAAAGGUCUGGAAGAGAAACGCCGGUUUAAGGAAGAAAAGGAGAGGAUAGAAAACCUACAGAAGGAAAAGAAGGUGAGACUUAAGCAAGAGAAAUUAAGAUUGGAGGCAGAGAAAAGGAAAGAGAAGGAGAUGGCAAAGACUCUGAAGAAGGAGAAGAAGGAAAAAGAAAUAAAAGAGAAAACUUGA